UUCAUAGUUCAUGCUCAGUCAGCCCAUGCCAAAGUCAGAAGCCGUAACUGCCAUGAGGUUGAAAUAGUAAAAUUAACGAUUUACUUAGCGAAAUUUCAAUUCCCGCGAGUAAUGUUCGAGCGUAAACUGACAGGUGUAAAAAAUUCGAUAAUCCUUCGUAAUACGGUUGGCUUUCACGUGUGAAAGCGACGUCAAAAGUUCGUACAUUGUACAUCCGUACCGUCAUGAUAGCAUGACAAUUCAUGCACGCAGCAAUAAGUCACUACGUAUAGAAGCACGAGCAUUUCGACGGACGUUAAUCACUCGAUUAAAUUAGGGUAAAUUCUAGCAAUAGAAAUGGGAAAAAGACGCAACCGUCAGCCGGAUGUGUCCGAGGAAAACGCCGGGGAAUCCACAGAAUCGUGCGAAGACACCAGCACAGGAGCGAAGUCAUGCCCGCAUAUUGCAAAGGCGAUAGAUUUAUCCAAAGUGAAGAAGGCUUUGAAAGUUACCGGAAUCGCCAAGGAGUGUGCGGAAUGUGUUAAAGCCGGAGGACCGAUUGUCCUGGACGAUGAAGAAGCGUACGAACCCCUCAUUCCAAUUCUUUGGAUCUGUUUGAAAUGCGGUAGCCAGGGAUGUGGCAGAGGGCAAAGACAGCACGCACUUCAACAUUUCAAAACUCCUCGAAGCGAUUGUCAUUGCCUAACUUUAGAUACUCAUAGAUGGAGUCUUUGGUGUUAUGAAUGCGAAAAUGAAGUCAGUGCAGACUCGAGAAAGAAACUUUUGGAAUUAGUUGAGUUCGUAAAGAAACAAGCAAACUCUGCUGUACCCCUACCUACACCACCUUUACCAGUAAUCGAGCUAGAAUACAAUGUGAAUAGAAGUAGCAAAGAGGCCAAGGAUUUAGACAACAAGAAAAAAACUACGAUCCCUAUGAAUUUAUCCAGAGUAAAGGGGUUGACUAAUUUAGGUAAUACUUGUUUUCUCAAUGCGGUUAUGCAGUGUCUGGCUCAAACACCGUACCUCGUCAAAGUUUUAAAGGAUUUACGAGUACCUGGCCAGAAGUUUGUCCUCCCUGGUGGAAAAUUCAAGCCAUCCGCCAAUGCCGAAGAAGUUGAAUUGCCUGAAAUCGAAGGUACUCUUGACGGAUGGGGUACGAUUACUUCGAUCCUCCAUGAAACUUUGACGGACAUGCAGUCGUCUGAAGGGUCAGACGUCUACACGCCUUCGCUACUUUUGAAAGCAAUAGCUUCCAGGCUGCCACAAUUCAGUGGUGGAGAUCAGCAUGAUUCUCACGAAUUAUUAAGGCAUCUAUUAGAAUUAGUACAAAAAGAGGAUUUGAGGAGAUACCAGUCAAUAAUUUUGAACCAAGUUGGUUUGAGUGGAAAAACUAACCCGCAGGGUGUGGAGGAAAAUUUAAAGUCUCGUAUAAAGUUCUACGGAAACCAAGCUUGUGCCAGAUUAUUAGGUCCAGAACGAGUUUUCAGAGGAGUAUUAGUAUCUACGCUGGAAUGCUUAGAAUGUCACCAUUCGUCUCAUCGUACAGAGCCGUUCCUCGACCUGAGUCUCCCUGUUAUGGCAGACAAACCGCAACCACCCAUUCUAAAGAGGAAAAACAGCGGUUUGGAAGAUACGUUUGAUCUUAUGGGGAACAACACCACUAAUGUACCGUCAAAACACCAGUUGAAAAAAGAACGAUUAGCUGCCAUGAAGCAUCGCAGGAAUAGAAGAAACAAUCUUGCUAAUGGGGAUUCUCUGCCUAAUCAAAAUAGUAUAACUGAAGAAAAUCAGGAAAAAAAAUCCGAAAGUGAAGAAAGUGAUGCGGAUGUGGAAGAUAACAUAGAGUCCGAAGCCGUUUCGCGACCCGAAGUCGGAGAGUCUGGCUAUAGUUCAGAGAAACCAUCCACAAUGACUAGCCCAAUGUCUCCGGGUGGUUCAAUGCCUGCCAAUAAUCAAAAUGAUGACAUCGUAGCUACAAACGAUUUGUCGACUGGAAGUAGCAUCACUUUGCCAAGCUCGGCCGAUAAUUCAACAGAUUCGUCAAAUUUGAAAUAUAAUGAUUAUAUUAAUACGCAGCAAACUCCAAGUCCUACCAUCGAUUUGAUACCACUUAACUACCCUGCCGAAUCGUCUAGCUCCGAAAUAAUUAAUACGGCCGUGACAGAGAGUCCGGCUAGUCCCGAUAAGGAAAAUCCGUCAGGUACCUCAAAUUGGCCAAUUACGAGCUUGUCGCUCAACAAUUCGCUCACGGUCAAUUCGGACUUGACGAGCCCAGAAGGGCCCACAGUCAGCCCCUUGAGUACCUCCAUUACGUCCAAGGACAGUCCCACUAGCCCUGCCUCUAGUGCUUUCCAGAGCUCCUGCAUGGAUAAAAUAGAGAGGCCAAUGUCCAGCUUGGAUGUAAUAAGACCGGAAACAGAAGAGAGAAAAGAAAGUUCUCCCAGUAAAAGCACCAGUGAUUUGGACGCAAACAUUUACCAGAAACCUCAAAAACGUACUGGCAUGAAGAAGGACCGUACAAAUGGGAACGGCGUCGAUGAUGUUAUCUCAGGUUUAUCUAGACUUGGAAUGCACAGUAAUGGUUAUCAAUCUCCUUCUCGCUACCCAAGCGAGGAUGGAGAAUGUUCCGUCCAAUCCUGUCUAAACCAAUUCACAGCAUUGGAGCUUAUGAGUGGUAACAACAAGGUGGGAUGUGAAGCUUGUACCGAGAGAGAGAACAAGGGAAAGCAGGGAAAGAUGGUAUGCUGUCCUAGCACGAAGCAGUAUCUAAUUUCAAAAGCACCUGCGGUACUCAUUUUGCACCUAAAAAGGUUUCAAAUGCAAAGAGUUGUAUUCCGCAAGGUAACGAAGCAUGUAGCUUUUCCACCUAUGUUGGACUUGGCUCCAGUAUGUAGGGGUUACAGCGGCCCUCGAUUAUACGCAUUGUACGGUGUUGUAGAGCACAGCGGAACGUUGCAUGGCGGUCACUACGUUGCUUACGUCAAGUCGAGACAACCUUUAGGCCCUAACGAUCCCCGAUGGUCGUUUUUACCGGACAAAGACACUCAAGACACGGACGAUGGGUCGGCAAAUAUUAAUUCAAAUGAUUCCGAAGGUGAAGAGGCAGCUGCCAUUUUCCCCUCGACUUGCGAACCUCCCCCUGGUCGUUGGUACUUCGUUUCCGAUUCGAGAGUAAUGGAAGUGGACGAGACAAGAGUUCUCCAGAGUCAAGCGUAUUUGUUGUUCUACGAAAGAAUUCUAUGAACAAAUAUCUAUCGCUGCGUGUAAUAAUACUGUAGAAACUGAGGCGGGUAAGAAAACAUAGAAAAAAAGGUAUGACAGGUGGCUGUAGAACUGUAAAUGAUUUUUCAGAAGAAUAUGCAUUUGAGAAGAAGAUAUUAGAUUUUUAAAACUUGUAUGUAACUGUUA